AUGGCGCUGAAUUUGUUUUUUUCAAUCGCACUUUUUCUUUUAUUUUCUUUUACAGUCACAUAUGCGAGUAACAUUGACGGAUGUAGAGUAGGGGAACCAGACUGUUUUGAAUUUAACAAUUUAAAAGAUCGCACAGUUGACCAUGUGAUGGAGAAAGAUGAUGAUGAGUUAUACUGGAAGAUUUUCUGCUUUAAAGGACUUGCAGAGUCAGUCAUUUUCUUGUGGGUGAAUCCUGUGAUGAAGCUUAAUUUUAGUCAUGUACCAAGCCACUUUAAGACAGUGAGGGGAAUAACUGUACAGGAAGUCAAAGAUCAGAGGGAUUCCUUCAGCCCUGUGUACAGUGUCCUCCAAAAGUUGAGACUGGUUGUUCAGAGAGAGGUGGAAGAAGUACCAUUCAUUGCCUUUAACCAGAGCUGUAUUGGAGUGCAGUCCGACACACCAUUCACUGCCAAAUUUUUGAUCAAAAACUUGGAGCCCUGGCUUUUAGCCUCUCUAGGAUUUGGAAUUAUUCUCUUCUUAUCAGCAGGAAGUUGGAGUCACAAUGUGAAGCUCCACUAUGGUUUUGGUGUAGGAGUAGGAGUGAUGGCAUCCCUUCUCAUUGUAGCGUUUGUGCUGAGUAGGAUGUUCCCUCAGAGCCUUAAGAAACUUGGUUACGUACUGAUGGCAAUUGGAUGUUCUACCUACAUGUACUUAUGGACAUACAUUGUACAACACUUCUAUGAAACCUCCUCCACUUUGUUUGGCUUGUACUGGCAGUGGAUUGUGGGAUAUGUACUUGUCUCGGCCCUCAUCAGUUUUGCCCUUUGUUAUCGUUAUGGUCCACUGACGGAACCAAGGACACUAAAUCUGAUCAAGUGGUGUUUACAGUUGAUUUCACUGGUGUUUAUCUACAACGGUACACAGAUUCGAGAGGCAUCUGUGGCCAUUAUUGUAACUUUGAUUACUUUGUAUAACCUUCCUGCAGGAUUAUUUGACAACAGAUUUACUAGAUAUAUUAGGUACAAAAUUUUCAAACCCAAGAUCAAGUUAUUGACUGAACAAGAGUACCAGGAGCAGGGCUUCGAGGAGACGAAGAAAGCCCUGGAGGAACUGAGGAGUUUCUGUCAGAGUCCCGAGUGUAACAAGUGGAAGACCAUCAGCUCGCUCAGUAACCCUCGAAGAUUUGCUGAUUUUGUGGAGGGUAGAUCCUGGCACGUGACAGACGACGAGCUGUUGGAGUAUGACAGCGGACCAGAUGUGACUCCUGUCACAGAUGAAGACAGUGAUCAGGAAACGCAGAACGUAAACGUAGAAAACAGUUCACCAGACUCCUCACAGGGACUCGUCCCCGAGAUAGACUCGGAAGAGGAGGAUCGAGGCGAGACGUCCGAUCAGAGUAUAGACGGUCCUCCAUUGUCCUGAUAGAGUUCAUCACACGUAGAGAACCCGGUAGCUUAGAUUUAAGAAAAAAAAUUGAUUAAAUUUUCAAGUUUGUUGUGAAAGGAAACUUGAAGAUUUAUCCAGUGAAAAUACUCAUGCUUAAAUAUGGAAACCAUGACAAAGUUUGCGGUUAUGUUCCUAGAAUUAUAAGCUGUGGUAUAAAUUGUCUUUGAUGAAACAUUGACUGUGUAUUUGUGAGUUCUAGUUUUGAAAUUAUGACAGUAGAUUUUAUGGGAAUUUUAUUUUUUCCCAUUAAUUUUAAAUGGUUGGUGUGUAUAUUAGUUUAUAGAAUGAGAUACAGUGUAGAUAUGAGUAUUGGAAGUUGACAUCUUCUGUAGACAUGAUUUGGAGUUGAUUAUGGAACUCAAGAAUAUUUGUUGUAUUGGAACUUC